CAAUCCAUUGCAAGCAUCGCGUAGUGUUGGCCAACUUGACCCAUUCCCACUCUGGCAAACGUUGUGUGAUUUUCUACAUCCAGGUCCCAGGUGUCUUCCCAUUCUCUUCGGCAAAACCAAAACAAACAGGAAGCCGUUGGAUUUUAAUCUCCAGCAGCCAUUAACAACUUACUUCUUGGGAUUUCCGUGGAUUUCCCUGUUUAUGUGGGAUGCAACACCAGCGUGGGACGAUCAUCAUGUUGCUGCCCAGCAACCAAGAUUGAUUGAGUAUGAAGCUGCCACGAAAGUGACCUCUGUGGACCCUGCAGCCCAAGGGGGCACUCACAAGGCGCCAUGGCAUCUACCGAGAGACUUUAUGAAGUCUGGAUGCUUUACUGCACUAAGAGGGACCCAGACUACUUGAAGCUAUGGCUGGAGAGUUUCAUCAGCUCCUAUGAUAGAUGCCUGGACGUGGACUUUGAAAAGCCACCAUCAAGGCCAGAGGAUCCGCCCCCAGUAUUGAGUCUUCUCCCAGACAACAUCCUGCAGGUUUUGCGCCACCAGCUGCUGCAGUGUGUCCAAAAAGCCUCGGAUGGUCUGGAGCCUGAGCAGCAAAACCUGGCGCUACUGCUGCUCAAGUUCCUCAUCGUUGUCUGCAGGAACCUGUCCAAUGUGGAGGAGAUAGGCACCUGUUCCUACAUCAAUCAUAUCAUUGCCAUGACGACACUUUAUAUUCAACAGCUGAAGAGCAAUACCAAAGAGAAGGAGUUGGUGGACCAGAGCCAGGCAGAGGAGUUUGUCCGUCAUGCACUAGCAUUCUGCGAGAGCCUCUAUGACCCUUAUUGCAACUGGAGGCAUCGAAUCUGCGGGAAUCCACUAGGCACAGUCGAGAGAAGCAGACAGAAGUACAAAGCAGCCCCACUUACUGUGGAAUUUGUUCCCUUCUUUUACCAAUGUUUUCAAGAGAGCGAACACCUUAAAGAGAGCUUAAAAUGUUGUCUACUGCACCUUUUUGGUGCCAUAGUAGCUGGUGACCAGAGGAACGCACUGCUUGCCGUCUCUCCAGCCACCAUGGAGGUUUUGAUUCGGGUAUUGGUGGACUGCUCAAUGGGUAGUUUUUCCACAGGCGAGGGAGAGGACUGGGACAGUGAGGCGCCCGAUCGGAAAGCGUGCCUGACUUUGGGCUGUUUGAGAGUAGUGGUGCAGUGCCUCCUGGCCGCCAGCUCGGACCAGCGGCAAGUGGAAAUUGCCUCAGUGCUGGAAAACUACUUUAAGUUGCUCAACUCAGACCCAGCGGCUGUGGUUGCCACACGACAGCAAGAGCAGCAGCAAGCAAAAGGGCGAGUCCUGACACUGGGUAGGCACUGGGAGAGCCGUUUUGUGGCGCUGCAAGUACGAAUGCUAGACACAAUGAGGGACAUGUUCCUUUGUUCGGACAGGCCAGUUCUGCAAGCCAUCUUUCUCAACAGUAAUUGUUUUGAGCAUCUGACACGACUACUCCAGAACAGCAAGCUGGUUAACGCAAGGUGCACGGCGGCAGACAAGGACCAGAAAGAUAUAACCAACAACAGGUUACUGACAGGGGAGACAGACACUCAGGUGAUACGAGGACGGUUAGACUCGCUUGCUGUAGCAACGAUUAAAGCCCUAACCACAGUGAUGCAUAAAUCACCAGCUGCAAAGGAGGUGUUCAAGGAAAGGAUCGGUUAUAAUCACUUGUAUGAAAUUCUCGUUUCGCUCGGCCAGCCAUCUCGACACCUUCUUAAAGAGUUGAUGAACAUGGCAGUGGAGGGUGAACAUACAUCAGUGGGCCUUUUGGGAAUCAGCAAUGUGGAACCUUUGCUCCUGCUGGUCCAGUGGCUGCCAGAAUUGGACUCAUCCGAGUUGCAGAUUUUUGCUGCCGACUGGCUCUGUCGCCUCGUCUGCCUUAAUCGCCAGACACGUGCCAUCUGCGUCAAUGCCGCAAUGGUCUUGAGAGCACUGGCUGUUCUCGAGUGCCACCGGCAACUACACAGAGUGUGUGCAGAGAGCCUUUUGCGAUUAGUAGGCUGUCUUGGUUCCCAUUCAUUGAGUGCCAAGGAUCUCCUUAGGCUCCUGCACCUGCUUAGGCCUCCAGAAUCUAGCCAAGCGCACCCUUAUGUGGGUCCUGCUCUAAAAGCUCUCUUAGCUAUGGUACGUAAGCAGGGUCUGGAAAGCGCAAUGCAAUACUUUGAUCUUUCGCCCAGCAUGGCUGGCAUCGCAGUUCCAACGGUGCAGCGCUGGCCAGGCACUGCCUUCAGCUUCCUAGCCUGGUUGUCCCUGGACCAGGAUCAAUUGGGUCCAUUCAGCAAAGACAAGAGAAAACAGCUCUACAGUUUUUUCACCUCGGGUGGCACAGGGUUCGAGGCCUUUAUUAGCGCUGCGGGAGUGCUGGUGGUGGCUGUUUGCACAAAGAAGGAAUACGUCACAGUCAUGCUGCCUGACAACUGCUUCUGUGACUCUCUCUGGCACAGCAUUGGUGUGGUGCACGUACCAGGAAAAAGGCCAUUUGGGCAGAGUCUCGUAUACAUAUAUGUGGACGGACAGCAAAAGCUAUCUGCCCCCCUCAAGUACCCCACCAUGACAGAGCCGUUCACCUCCUGUUGCAUAGGCUCAGCAGGCCACAGGACCACCACUCCCCCGCCAUCCCAAAUACCUGACCCGCCCUUCUCAUCAACCACCUCGCCCAGCACACGCCCCUCGUUGGGGAGCAUCCUUUCACCACAGACCUGGGGGGUACUACUGAGUGGAAAGCCCGAGUCUGUGACAAAGCUCAUCUCGGCGGGGACGCAGGACAGCGAGUGGGGAAGCCCCACAUCUUUGCAGGGUCAGCUGGCAAGUGUCAUGGUAUUCCAUGAAGCCCUGCAGCCCAACCACAUUAAAGCCUUCUGUAGUGCUGGACCAAACUGUGUAUCUCCUUUAAAAGCGCUUGAGUCAGAACUCGGUGACCUUUCAAGCAAAUUGCUGCUACAUUAUUCACCAAAGGCGUGUCAAAAUCCUAUCUGUCUGGAUCUUUCUCCCAACAAACUGCAUGGGCGCCUGACUGGGAAGAAAGUUGUUAACUGGGACAUCAAGGAUAUGAUCAAUUGCGUAGGCGGGCUGCAAGUGUUGUUUCCAAUACUAGAGCAGCUGGCUCUCAUGACACCUGAUCAACAGAAUAAUGACGCUUCAACCGGUUCAGACUUCAUCACCCCAGAUGUAACUUCUCCCGGUGAUGGAGAAUGGGUCAUUCUUCCAUCUAAUAGGGCUUCAGAAGCACGCCUGGAGAAGAAUCUGGUGGCUACCUUACUUUUGGUGCUGAAACAUUUUCUGCAAAGACAUACUAUAAAUCAGGAGAAUCUGCUUCAUUCACACGGUGUUGCAACUCUUGGAGCUUUGCUUCAGAAGCUUCCAGGAGGACACAUCGAUGUGAAUGUCCUUGUGGCUAUGCAACUGCUAAUAGAGCAGGUGACAUAUGAGAAGAACCAGGGUCUGCUGCAACAACUUCACACACAUCUGCUGUUCAACUUUAACAUCUGGAACAAAGGAGACUUUCCUUUACGUAUUGGUCAUAUACAGUACAUGUCAACUGUCAUCAAAGACAACAGAAAGCUGUUUCGUAAAAAAUACGGAGUACGAUUCCUUUUGGACAUCAUACGCCUCUACUACGGGAAAAACAGCAAUAAAGAGAGUGACCUGAGUGAGGAUGACAUUCUUAACAUCCGGACAUCGAUCUGUGACCUCAUCAAGUACUACAUCAGCAAGGGCAUAUCCCAGGAAGAGAUGCAAAGCAUUAUUGGAUACAUCGCUGCCAUCGGGAAUGAAGAGCAGAUUUGCGGGCUAUUCGAGAUGUUACUCAGCCUCCUUCAAAGCAGUCCAUCCAGAGACCAACUCUUUCUGCUCCUCUUCGAGCCUGGAGCCGCUGACUCCUGCUACGCUCUUCUACUCAACAACAAACACUCCGACCGGCUUCGGGAGCUUGUCUUCAAGCUGUUUGAGCGCAUGUUGCGGUGCGACCGCAUCUAUGAGAAAAACAAGCAGCGGUUAAGACUGAGGGAGGCAGGUUACAGCGGCCUGUCGCUGCUUUUCACUGAUCUUCACAUCACGCCGACGCUCAUUCGUUGUCUCCUCAAUCAGGUCCUUCAUACAGAUCAAGUGGUGAACUACAAGGAUCUCAUGGCAUUGGUGCAGCUCACUCAUCGAACCGGACCCAGUGUACGGCUUCUUGUCUGCAAAAGGGUGUACCAGCUCCUCCAGUCCCAACAAGAUGCCGCUCACUUAAUUUCAAAGCAGCUGUGUUGGCAAGAUACACUGGCACGACUGUACCUGCGUGGUGAAGGCUCAAUGCCAUCGCGAGGUGCCGACACCGUCAGCACCAGCAGCCUGGACUUGAACCAAUCCAUCGGAAGCAAUAAUAACCGCCUGGAAUUGCCGCUACCCCGUAGAACAAGGGCGGGGAGUUCUGGCCGCUUGGACCGCCUAGAGGAUGACUGGAUGAGCAUAGGUGACACUCGCUCUGUAGACAGCAUGGAAAACAGCGAUGUCAUCUCACUACUGGAUACGCCGUCAUCUUCCGCUUCUGCUGAGCCACAUAUCCAAGUCAAGCCCUGGUCAGUUGGAAAAUCCGGGGGCUUGACGCUCGAUUUGUCUCACCUGCAAGCUUAUGAAGGCUUGGACAGUGGCAGCCAGACACCUGGAAGUAUGCCCAGCACGCCCUCUCCAAUAGAGGCACCAAAGCCUUUUCCAGGGAACUCUGGAAGUUUAGAUCAGACCGCUCCACAGACUGAGGACAGCUUCCUCUUCAGUGACAAUCUCUCACUGGGGGAGUCGUUUAAUAAUACCGAGCGGGCUGAAGAGGAAUUGUGCAGCAUGUUGCAGGAGAUAGUGCUAUGGGUGAUGUGGCGUGGAGUUGAAGGUUCAGACGAUUCAGCGUGGCAGGAGCGUGGCCAAGUCUUUUCAGCUCUCACCAAACUUGGAACUGCCAACGAGCUCCUACUACCUGUGGACCAAAUCAAACUCAGUCUGAUGGAACGUAUGCUGGAAUGGGCCGUGACUGACAACCGUGAGGCAUCAGCUGCCACAUUGCCUCAACACACGGAGAACGCGGUCCGGCUACUACACAUCGUGCAAGAUUUUCUACAAGCUGAAGGCUUGAUCAACCCAGCCUUGUGGACAGAGAAGGUGCUAGAGGAAACUGUGACACUGAUGGACUGCCUCAUGGUGUGGUACUCUGCUGGCACGCAGUGGUUCCAGCUCUCCCAAGUUGGACUCCGAUUGUUGCUAGGCUUCAUGGCCCAAGAGGAACCAGAGGUGUGCGCCUUAGCCACCGCCAAGCUCAAUUUUAUUCUACAAAUGAAGGAAAUAUCCAGUCAGGAUGAGGCUUGCUACCUGCUGGGGAAGGUUGAGUGCAUCCUGCGGCGCUCUGUCCAGGAAAAGACAGAGGAGAAAUACUCAUUCUUGGUUCCGCUGCUGCGAACACUCCUCUCCAAAGUUCACCGCAUCCUCUAUAUGGAGCUACACCUGCCCCAACUGCCCGACACCAACGGCAGCCCGUCUUUCUUUGAAGACUUCCAGAUAUACUGCAAUUCACCCGAGUGGCGUGUCUAUCUGGAUAAAUAUAUUAUUCCGUACAUGAAGCAGUAUGAAAUUGAGACCUUCAGUCAGGGUCAUGAGAGCAUGGCACUCUAUUGGAAGGAGUGCUAUGAGGCCUUCAUGGUCAGCCUGCACAGGAGAGAGCGAGAAAGGGGGGAGAGCAAGAUCUGCUUUCAGGAGCAGUUUGUCGAGCCCUUCUCCCGUCGAAGCCGCCAGGAGAACCUGAGGUACAACAGCAUGUUAAAGCAACAGCAUAGCCAGACCAGUGCCUCUAUCAGACAGUGGAAGGCAGCUCGGAGGGGCCUUGUUUGUGAAAGGGGGCCCUGGGCUGAAAGGCAUCUAAAGACGAUGCACUGGAAGCUCUCCAGCGCUGAGAACUUUUCCCGCAUGAGGCUAAAGUUGAUUCGUAAUUACAACUUUGACCCGUAUCGGGAGGCCAGUGCCCUGCGAGACAACCUCGGUGUUCAUCAGCAGUUUAUCAACCCGGAAUCUCUCCUGCUGGAGGCUGUGAAGCAGGUCAAAGUCACCAACCUGGAAGACGACAUUUUGGAGCUGCCAGAGGAUGACUUGGCAGCAGCAAAUAACCAAAUUGAAGCAGAGGAGGCAGGUCAAAAGGAGAAACUUAUUCUGUGGGAAGAUUGCCAGCUGGUGACAGUGGUUGAUGUAGUACCCGGCCGACUGGAACUCACCACCCAGCACAUCUAUUUCUACGACAGCAGCCAAGAGAAGGACGAAGGUGUGGGCCAUGACUUCAAAUGGCCCCUGAGUCAGAUCCGUGAGGUCCACCUAAGGCGAUAUAAUCUACGACGUUCCGCUCUGGAAAUAUUCCUUAUUGACCAAACCAACUACUUUCUCAACUUCAAGAAAGAGGCAAGAAAUAAGGUGUAUGACCGCAUGUUGCUACUGAGAUCCCUCAGUUUGUAUGGAACCCGGUCACCGCAAGAGCUCCUGAAGGCCUCUGGACUAACACAGAAAUGGGUCAACCGAGAGAUUUCCAACUUUGAUUACCUGAUGCAACUCAACACAAUAGCUGGCAGAACAUACAACGAUCUGGCCCAAUAUCCAGUGUUUCCCUGGAUUCUGGCAGACUACACUUCCGAAGAACUCGACCUUUCAGAUCCCCUGGUAUUCCGGGACUUAUCAAAACCUGUGGCAGUACAAAACACCCGCAAUGCUAAGGCUGUUAGGGAGAAGUAUGAAAGUUUUGAGGACCCAACGGGAACCGUUGACAAGUUCCAUUAUGGCACCCAUUAUUCAAGUGCCGCUGGGGUGAUGCACUACCUGAUCAGAGUUGAGCCCUUCACUUCCCUACACAUCCAACUACAGAGCGGACGGUUCGACUGUGCCGACCGCCAAUUCCACUCCAUUCCAGCUACAUGGCUGACUCUCAUGGACAACCCAAAUGAUGUCAAGGAGCUCAUCCCUGAGUUUUUCUAUUUCCCAGAGUUUCUUGAGAACCACAACGAUUUUGACCUGGGUCGCCGGCAGAUAACUAAAGAAAAAGUCAAUGAUGUCAUUCUGCCCAAAUGGGCCAAGUCCCCUGAGGACUUCAUUUAUAAACACCGCAAAGCCCUGGAGUCAGAAUAUGUGUCGGCGCACCUUAAUGAGUGGAUUGAUCUGAUUUUCGGUUACAAGCAGAGAGGUCCUGCGGCGGUGGAGGCCCUCAAUGUUUUCUACUACUGCACUUACGAGGGAGCUGUCGAUCUUGAUGCCAUCACUGAUGAAAAGGAACGGAAGGCCCUUGAAGGCAUGAUCAGCAACUUUGGGCAGACACCUUGCCAGCUACUCAAGGAGCCCCAUCCAAUUCGUCUUUCCCAGGAAGAUGUGGAGAAGAGGAAGGCUCUGCUUGACUCGUGCCCUAUGGUUUUGUUUGAACACCUCAGCAACCUAAAAUCCUUCUUUGUGGAGGGCAUCAGUGACAAUGUACCACUGGUUAAAGCUAUUGUUCCAAAGAAUCAGUCCCACUCCUUCAUCAGUCAAGGAAGUCCAGACACUAUGGUGACAGUAAGUCAAAACUGUCUUUUUGGGACCCAUGGGUGGCUGCCCUACAACAAGAGUAUCUCCAACUACUUCACCUUCAUUAAGGAUCCCACAGUGUCCAACUCCAAAACCCAGCGUUUUCUGUCAGGACCCUUCGCACCCGGCGUGGAAGUAACGACGGGGCUAUUUGUGGUCUCGCACGAUGGAAAAUUGCUCUUCAGUGGUGGACACUGGGACAACAGCCUCCGGGUUACUUCGCUUGUUAAGGGCAAGUCUGUUGGGCAGCACAUCAAACACAUGGAUAUCGUAACCUGCCUGUCAACUGACCACUGCGGGAUCCACCUCAUCUCCGGCUCCAGAGACACUACCUGCAUGGUGUGGCAGGUUCUACAGCAGGGUGGUGCUCCAGUAGGUCUGCAUCCUAAACCUGUUCAGGUCUUAUACGGCCACACGGAUGAGGUAGUCAGUGUCAGUAUCAGCACGGAGCUGGACAUGGCUGUGUCUGGAGCACGGGACGGAGUCGUGAUCAUCCACACCGUUCGCAGAGGUCAGUACGUGCGUUGCUUGCGACCGCCAAGCGACAGCUCCUUGCCUCUUUCCAUCCUCCACCUGGCUGUGUCCUGGGAAGGUCACCUGCUAGUCCACACUUGUCUGGAAGGCAAGGCAACACUAAAAGAUAAAAACGCCCUCCAUCUCUACUCUGUUAAUGGGAAGCACCUUUACAGUGAACAUCUGAAGGAGCAGGUGACCGACAUGUGCGUGUCAGGGGAGUUUGUCGUUACUGGAAGUGAGCAAGGCUACUUGUCCAUUCGAGAUCUCUACAGUCUGAAGCUGUGUGCGGAGCCCAUGGCCAUGCGGGUGCCCGUGCGCUGCGUCUCCGUCACCAAGGAACAGAGUCAGAUCCUGGUGGGCUUACAGGACGGCAAGCUGAUCAUCGUGGGCGUGGGCAAGCCGGCCGAGCUACGUUCAGGCCACAUCACACGGAAGCUGUGGGGCUCCACCAAGAGGCUGACCAGGAUCUCCUCGGGGGAGUCUGACCACGUCGUCUAGCACGAGCCCCUCCCUGAUCCUUAAACCCCACUCCCUUCAUGUCACCCGCCGCACCUUCACUGACGUCAGGUUGCUUUAUUUUGUCUCAUCCAAGUGAAUUUUGUCAUACUAAAAGUUUACUUCCGACUGACCGAAUGGCGCUGGCGCUAUGGUUCAGAUCCAGAAGUGAGCGCAGCUUUCAUCUUUUCAUGUUGCUUGUGUGUCUCCAUAUUUUCAAGUGGCCUUUCUGUCCUCCUUUUGUUUGAGAAGCCUCAAAGCUGCCGCUCAGCAUUCAUACAUCGUGAGACGGCUCACUUAAAAGACCAAAACUCUCAGCCUUUCCAUUCUUGUGGUGCUUCUGUUUAUUUUGUUGAGCUUAGUUGUUUAAUUCUUUAACAGGACAAGUGAUUAUUUUUGGUCAUUAAAAUUGUCCAAUUUAGUGUCAAACUAAAUUGACGUAAGGUUCAAUCAUAAUGAUAUUUUUUUUUUAAUUAUUGAUCCUUCCUUUUUUAUACUUUUUAUGAAUAAAUAUCAAUAAAACCAAGAGUGAUGGAAGAAAAAUAUUUUAUUUGUAGUAAUUGAAAGCUUACAACAUGCCAUUUAAGAAACACAUUUUCAUUUAAAAAUGGCGUCCUCCUGCAUGAAAAAAACGUGAAUUUUUGCAUAUUUGCAGACAUGAGCAAGUGGCAACAUUGUGAGACGGUGACAUUGAGCAAGCAAACAAUCUGCAAUUUUAGUAUCCAUCGUGACUACAGGAAUCUGAAGCUAAGCGGCACAAAAAAUUGUAUACAGUUACGGGCAAAAACGUACAAUUUGAGCAAAAUUCGCCAAAAACUUAUCCAUUUAUUUCUAACAGCCAAAAUUUCCCAUUGAUUUGCAAUGGCCCUGUUUGCCGUUCAUUUCAACGGCACAAAAACUUCCAUUCACUGCUGUUGAUUUCCAAUCCAGACUGACAAUAAUCUACAUUAGCACACCCAAAAUCAACAAAAAGUGACCCCUGAAAUGCACCCAACUCAACAUGACAUGAGCAAGUGGCAGCACUGUGAGACGGUGACAUUGAGCAAGCAAACAAUCUGCUAUUUAAGUUACCAUGGUGACUUCAGGAAUCUAAAGCUAAGGGGCACAAAAGUUGUAUACAGUUUUGAGCAAAAUUCGCCAAAAACUUACCCAUUUAUUUCUAACGGCCAAAAUUUCCCAUUGAUUUGCAAUGUCCCUGUUCGCCGUUCAUUUCAACGGCACAAAAACUUCCAUUCAUUGCUGUUGAUUUCCAAUCCAGACUUGCAAAAAUCUACAUUAGCACACCCAAAAAUCAACAAAACGUGACCCCUGAAAUGCACCCAACUCAAUAUGACAUGCGCAAGUGGCAGCACUGUGAGACGGUGACAUUGAGCAAGCAAACAAUCUGCUAUUUAAGUUACCAUGGUGACUUUAGGAAUAUAAAGCUAAGCAGCACAAAAGUUGAAUCAAGUUUUGGGCAAAAUUCGCCAAAAAUGUACCCAUUUAUUUCUAACAGCCAAAAUUUCCCAUUGAUUUGCAAUGGCGCUGUUUGCCGUUCAUUUCAAUGGCACAAAAACUUCAAUUCACUGCUGUUGAUUUCCAAUCCAGACUGGCAAAAAUCUACAUUAGCACACUCAAAAAUCAACAAAAAGUGCCCCCUGAAAUUCACCCAACUCAACAUGACGUGACAAUUACAUACAUAAUUACAAUACAGUAACUGACAAAUAAAAUGAAAAAAAAAAGUUUAAGUCCCCAAUGACACAAAUGUUGUUGUAUUGGUUGUUUUUUUUUUCUUUCUUUUUUUUUACCUAAUUGGCUGCCAUUGAACAUCCAACCCAUUUUGACCGGAAGGGGUUCUAACACCCUCAAUGGCACUGAAACAUGAGCAUUCCCAGACAGUUCCCCCAGUUUAAAUGAUUUGGCCAUUUAUAAUUGCCAUUCUAUCAUUGACAACAGUCAAUAAUUUAAUCCUAGGUUUACUCUAUUUUUAAAUAUAAAUAUAUACAGUCCCUGACAAAAGUCUUGUCGCUUAUUCAUUUUGUAGAAACAAUUGCUAAUAACCUGACUUUUAAUGAUUCAAUUGGU